UUUACCCUCCGAACUAUGGGGAGGACGGAGGAGAGCUCAGGGAAGGGGCUGGACGGACGUGCGGGCCGGUAGAGGGAGAGGAGCGUAGCUUCUCUCUCCCUCCCCUCGCUCUUCCUCUCGAGGCCAAGAUGGACGGACGCGUAAGUGGUUUUACAAUACGGUGAAGGAAGGCCUCGAGUCCGAACCAUCGGAACUUCUCCCGUCUCCGCGUCGUUAUCGAGCAGGUUCUGAUCUAAAAGACCACUUCGCAACAGUCCAGCGCGCGAAAGAUACAACACGAUCCCAAGCGUCAUUGCAAGCGUCACUGUUUAUCUACUCGUAAGUGGUACAAAGGCCUCUAAGAGUUGGGGUGCGGUUGCGAUGCGAAGACCACGCACUCACGCACCCGUCUCCGUCCGGAGAAGCUGGUCCCCAAGGUAACUCUUUCCCGUCACCGCAAACGUCACCCUUCCCUUGCCCCUCGCUCUAUUAAAGUCACUGCCCUCCGGCCGGGUCUCGCCACAUCCACAAUCCUCUCGAUCCUUUCUGUCUUGACUAGAAAUUAUUAAUUAAUUGUUCCAAAGCUUUGAUCCCUCGCGAACUAGUAGGAAUGGAGCAACGCCAACAGCAUUUCCUUGUAGUGACCUACCCAGCCCAAGGCCAUAUCAACCCGUCUCUCCACCUGGCCAAGCGCCUCGCCCAAACCACCGGCCGUCGCGUCACCUUCUCCACCGCCAUCUCCGCUCACCGCCGCAUGUUUCCGUCCUUGGCCAAACCCGACGAGGAAGUGGAAGAUGGCCUCCUCUCCUACGUCCCCUUCUCCGACGGCUACGACACUGGGUUCAAAGCCGACACCGACGGCAACCUCGAUGACUUCAUGUCCCAAUUCAAACUUGUCGGGACCAGAACUCUUUCUGGCAUUGUCCACGACCUCCCUGCACGAGACCGCCCCGUAUCUUGCAUAAUCUACAGCAUCUUAAUGUCAUGGGCCGCCGAUGUGGCACGUGAUCAUGGUAUCCCCUCUGUCCUCUACUGGAUUCAGCCAGCCACUGUCUUCACCACGUACUACCACUACUUCCAUGGCUAUGAGGAGCUGAUAACCUCCCACGGUCACGACCCACUGUUUACGGUUGACCUACCAGGGCUGCCACCGCUCCAAAAUCGUGACCUCCCGUCCUUCUUAACCGUCACCAGUUCCGACGACCCCUACCGUCCUAUCUUCGUCGGGGUAAGAGAGACAUUUGAUACACUGGACCGGGAGGAGAAGACCUCAAAGCCAAGAGUUUUCUUGAACACCUUCAACAAACUGGAGGCUGAUGCGAUCAAGGCCAUCGGCAACUUGGACCUCAUCCCGAUAGGGCCUCUGCUGCCGUCCCUUUCUUCAGAUGGCCAGAAUUCAAAAGACACCGUCUCCGGUGGCGAUCUUUUCGAAGCCGAUGAGAAGGGAUACAUGGAGUGGCUGGACUCGAAGCCGGAGAAAUCGGUGGUGUACGUAGCAUUUGGGAGCAUGUCGGUGAUAAAGAAGCGGCAAUUGGAAGAAAUCUUGUGGGGAUUAAAGGAAAGCGGGAGGCCUUAUCUUUGGGUGGUGCGGAAGGACAACAGAGGGGAAGGCGUCGAGCUGGAGGAUGGAGAGAAUGGGAUGGUGGUGGAAUGGUGCUCCCAGGUCAAAGUGCUCUCCCACCCAUCGGUCGGGUGCUUCGUGACACACUGCGGGUGGAACUCCACAUUGGAGAGCUUGAUAUGCGGGGUUCCAACGAUUGGGGUGCCGCAAUGGACAGACCAAGGGACGAACGCAAGACUGAUAGAGGUGUGGGGGACUGGGGUGAGAAGUGAGGUUGACAGAUCACAAGGACUGUUAGAGGGGAGCGAGUUGAAGAGGUGUUUGGAGGUGGUGAUGGGGGAGGGAGAGAGAGGGGUGGAAAUUAGGAGGAAGGCAACGAUGUGGAGGGACAAAGCGCGGGAGGCCAUACGUGAAGGUGGGUCGUCCGAUAGGAAUCUGAAGACUUUCGUGGAGGAGUUCGCGAACAAGUACUGAAAAUGUCAGUCUUGUCCGAAUUAUUUUGUCGGGCAGCAAGUUAGAUUCUAUUCUUAUUAUUAUUAUUGUAGUCCACGGGAUUGAGUCGCGUCCGAAUUAUUGUUGUUGUCGUUGUAGUUCUUUUUUAUAUGUAGUCCAUCGGAUUGAGUCUCGGUAGAAAAAUAUUAAGAGUCAAACUAUGAUAAUAAAAUAAUUGGACUGUUAACUUCUUUUUAAGAAGCAAACUUGAAUUGCUUAUUCCAAUUUA